AACCUGCAUGCUGCUUUACUGCUACAAGCAGCAAUGUCCUAUUUUUAUCCUUUUACUCCAUUUUAUUUGUUUAGUUAUUUCCCUUUUUCGUGGGCUUCUUUUUAAAUUUUUUUUUUUACUUCAAUUGUUUUAGUUUUUCUCCAGAUCUCGGAACUGUAGUUUUCAGUUCAAUCCUCUGGAAUCCUCAGAUCCUUUCUCUUCUCUUUGGGAUUUGGGUUAAGCUUUCCUUGGGAAUCGAGCUCAGUUUUGAGCUAGGAUUUCGGCUGCGAGCUCGAUUUCGCCGGUGAGCUUCAGAUCUCUGAGAUUCUCAGUUAAAAGAUCUGGAGCCUGAGAUUUUGAGCUUUUGAAAAACCUCGGCUUUUUUGGAAAAUGGGGAAAUCUCCGGGUAAAUGGAUUAAAACGCUCUUGUUUGGAAAGAAGACGGCCAGAUCUAACAGUGUGAAAGGGAGAAACGCUUCGAUAACUGGAAUUGACAAAGGACACACUGUAGCUAAAGAACCUCCAGCUUUGACUGAGAAUACACCUGUGAUUUCUGAACCAGUACUUGUCAGUACUCACAGUAAUGGAAUCAACCGAGAAGUGGAGAAAGGAAAUUCUUUUACUUUGGGUGCUGCUGAGCCUUCCUUCAUACCACCUAGUUGUCAAAAUGCAGAGAACCAAGCUAUUACUGGUCCCAUUGAAUCAAGUAACCUGGAAAAACUCAGAGAAGAGCAGGCAGCAAUAAAGACACAGGCUGUGUUUCGGGGCUUUUUGGCACGUAGGGCAUUUCGUGCACUAAAGGGUAUCAUAAGACUUCAGGCCUUAGUUCGUGGACAUUUGGUGAGGAGACAAGCAAUUGUAACCCUGCAUUCUAUGUUGGGACUCAUAAAGUUGCAAGCAGUUGUUCGUGGUUCAAAAGUCAGGUCUUCUGGUCUUGGACUUGAAGUCGACACUAAGCUUCGUCCAGCAAUGGCUGAGGUUCCUAAGCGCUUGGACUUUGCGAAGGGCAAACCAUAUUCAAAUUCAUUUGUUUGCAAGCUUCUUUCUUCCUCGCUGGUCGUCAUACCUCUUCAAGUUCAGUAUGAAAAUGGUGAACCCAAUUCAGUCCUCAGCUGGAUGGAGCGAUGGACAUUUUCCCAUUUCUGGAAACCUUCUCAACCAAAGAAGAUUCUGGAUUCAAAACCCCAGGCAAAGAAGGGUGGUUAUCUUGCGGAGAUUGAAUCAGGCAAACAAAAGCGCAGUGUUAGAAGAAGUUCACCUGCAAAUGUUGACACAGGACCAUCCAGUUUCACCUCUGAACCAGAAAAACCCAAACGUAACCUAAAGAAAAUUACAGCUUCUGCUGAUUCAGUGCAAGACCACCCACAGUCUGAGCUUGAGAAGGUUAAGCGUAACUUGAGAAAGGUGUCUAGUUCAUAUGCAGAGACUACUGAUAAGUCAGAAGUUGGAUUUGAUGCACAAUCUCACAGUGUCAAGAAGGUGGCUGAUUCCCCGUGUGAUAGCUUAAAACUAGGCAUUGAUGAUUCUUCAGAGAAGACGAAGAAAGACAGUACAUUGACUACCGAGCCCAAGCCUGCCUUGGAAAUUGCUUCAAAAUCUAUCACAAUGGAGGGGCCGGUUGACCUUUCGUUUGACAAUCCUCCUGCUUCAGAAUCAAAUCCACUUCAAAUCAUCGAUAAGGAGGAAAAUAUUUCUGUGGUGAAUGGGGAGUUUACUGCUAAAGAAGAGCAAACUUGCAAUGAAAGCCAACUUCUCAACAAGAGGAGGGCUUCCUUCUCAGCAAAGUCUGAAUAUGCAGAAAACGGCAUACAAAAUUCUCCAACAUUACCGAGCUAUAUGCAAGCAACUGAGUCUGCAAAGGCAAAAUUAAGAGGACAAAAUUCACCAAGAUUUAGCUCUGAUUCAGCAGAAAAGAAUGGAACUACCAGACGACAUUCGCUGCCAUCAUCCACAAAUGGAAAGGUGACUUCAAAUUCGCCAAGGACACAAAGAAUACUCCAAGCAACUGGCAAAGGAGGCCUUAAGAGUGACAGAUCCUUGUUGUCCUCACGAGAUGGGAAUGAAAAACCUAUCCAAGUAGAAUGGAGACGGUAAUCUCUGUAAAAGAGAUGCUCUUAUGGAAAGUUAACUGAUGAGGUGAUCUGCAAUUUUAUUCAGUGUUACUGCUUUGUGGUGUAAAGCUCUGGUAUAGCCCCCUGAGUAGUCUGAUUAAUGACUGUUGCCUUUAAAUUUAAGUGUGGUAUGUUAUGUAUAGUGGUUGCCUGUCUGUCACAAAGUUGGUUUAGUUUGGUUUGUUUUUCUGUGAACCUUGGUUGAGUUUUACAGAUUUGAGGUUGUUAUGUUUUUUCUGUGAACCUUGGUUGAGUUUUGCAGAUUUGAGCUUGUAACAAAAAUACCGACUAUAUCAGCUGUUCUCGAUUUAUCUCAUCGAAAAAUUAUCCUUUUGGGUUGUCUUUAUAA